AUGUCGGCAGAGGAGGGCUCGCAUCUUGAAGCGGCUGCUUCGCCACAGUUCAGCAUUUUGGAUGUGAUUGUGGUGGUGGCCUAUUUCGUCUUAAACUUGGCAGUCGGCAUUUGGUCUUCGUGGAGAGCAAACCGAAGCACAUUAAGUGGCUACUUCUUGGCUGGGAGGAGCAUCGCGUGGUGGCCGAUCGGAGCGUCCCUCUUUGCCAGCAGCGAAGGAUCAGGCCUUUUCAUUGGUUUGGCUGGGACCGGAGCUGCCGGGGGGAUUGCCGUGGCUGGCUUCGAAUGGAACGCCACCUACGUGCUCCUGGCAUUGGCCUGGGUGUUUGUACCUGUCUAUGUUUCCUCAGAGAUCCUGACAAUGCCUGAAUACCUCCAGAAACGAUUUGGUGGAGAGAGAAUCCGGAUGUACCUCUCGUCCUUGUCUCUCCUUCUUUCUGUCUUCACCAAGAUCUCGACGGACCUGUAUUCAGGUGCCCUUUUCGUUCAAGUCUGCUUGGGUUGGAAUCUCUACCUUUCGACUGUCUUGAUGCUUGUGGUCACUGCCAUUUACACCAUCGCAGGGGGGCUCACGGCGGUCAUCUAUACAGAUGCCUUGCAAACCUUAAUCAUGGUAGUGGGUGCUGUCAUCUUGACCGCCACAGCUUUCCACAAGAUCGGUGGUUACCCCAACUUGGAAGAGGCCUACUUGAGAGCGGUGCCCUCCAAGACCAUCCCAAACACCACCUGCCACCUGCCCAGGCCUGACGCCAUGCACCUCUUCCGGGACCCCGUCUCCGGGGACUUGCCCUGGACCGGCAUGACUUUUGGGCUCUCCGUCCUGGCCACCUGGUACUGGUGCACCGACCAGGUCAUUGUCCAGCGGUCCCUCUCCGCAAAGAGCUUGAACCACGCCAAAGGGGGGUCCAUCCUGGCCAGCUAUUUAAAAAUGCUGCCCAUGGCCCUCAUCGUCAUGCCGGGGAUGAUCAGCCGGAUCCUGUAUCCAGAUGACGUUGGCUGCAUUGACCCCAUUGAAUGCGCCCGGAUCUGUGGGGCUGAAGUGGGGUGCUCCAACAUUGCUUAUCCCAAACUUGUGAUGGAACUGAUGCCAAGUGGCCUGCGGGGCUUGAUGAUCGCGGUCAUGAUGGCCGCCCUGAUGUCCUCACUGACCUCCGUCUUCAACAGCAGCAGCGCCCUUUUCACCAUGGACAUCUGGAGGAAGGUGCGCCAGGGGGCCACCGAGAAGGAGCUCCUGGCAGUUGGAAGGAUUGUGACGGUUGUGCUGGUGGUGGUCAGUGUGGUCUGGAUCCCGAUCCUGCAGAGCUCCAGCAGCGGUCAGCUCUACAUCUACAUCCAGUCGGUCACCAGCUACCUCUCUCCGCCCGUCACCGCAGUCUUCCUCCUGGCUGUGUUUUGGAAGAGAGCCAACGAAACGGGGGCCUUUUGGGGCCUAAUGCUGGGCUUGGUCCUGGGCCUGAUCCGCAUGGCGCUUGAGUUUGCCCACCCGGCCCCCAGCUGCGGCGUCCUGGACACUCGUCCGUCCAUCGUGAAGGACAUACACUACCUUCACUUUGCCGUCUUCCUCUGCCUGCUGACUGCGGCCAUCGUUGUGGGCAUCAGCUGGUGGACUACAUCUCCCAGUGAAUCCCAGAUAAAGGAUGUGACUUGGUGGACCCUGAAGCACCCAGACCCACCUUCUCUCGCCGACCCGUCCAAAUCGCUGCCUGAGAACGGCUUCUGCGGAUCGGAGAAAAACGGUACAGAAUUGAAAAGAAAACAGCUUUGGUGAAGUAAUCAAAGUAUUGUUCAAGGCUAUGGAGUCCUGGGAGUUGGAGUUUCAUGAGGACUCAAUACUGCUCUGCUAAAGAGUGGUAAACUAUAACUCCUAUGGGUUGCUGUGAAUUUUCCGGACUGUAUGGCCAUGUUCCAGAAGCAUUCUCUCCUGACGUUUCACCUACAUCUAUGGCAGGCAUCCUCAGAGGUUGUGAGGUCUGUUGGAAACUAGGAAAAUUAGGUUUAUAUAUCUGUGGAAUAAUG